AUGGCGUCUCAUAUGUCCAGCAAGGCCGCACCAAUUGUGGUUGUCGGUGCCGGCGUCUUCGGACUGAGCACAGCUAUCCACCUCGCACAACGCGGUUAUACCAAUAUCAAAGUUCUUGAUAAACAGGCUUAUCACGAAACACUGUACUCGUAUGAUAACGGUUGCGACGCUGCCUCGGCAGACAAUACCAAAAUCAUCCGAGCUGCCUACGGCUCCCAAAUCGAGUACCAAAGCCUCGCCCUUGGUGCCAUCUCUCGAUGGAGAGAAUGGAACAAUGAGAUCAGGUCGGGCAAAAUAGUCCCGCCCGGAUUCACCACCGAAGACGUCCUGUUCGUAAACAACGGCAACCUGACUCUUACAUCUAGCGAGACUCUCCCUGAGUUCGAGAAACAGACAAUCAAGAACAUGACCGAGGCGGGACUGGCGAAUACCCAGAUCGUCCUUACAGAUCCUAGCGAUGUCGAGCGGGCAACCGCCAACGGCUUUGAUUUUGCUAUCAACCCGCUGAACCGGAAGCAAAAUUUCGGCUUGCUCGAUACCCAAGGCGGAUUCGUCUAUGCCGAUAAGGCCUGUCGCUUUGCCCUCCAGAAGGCACAAAGCCUCGGAGUGCGGUUUGUUCUUGGGGGUACCGAGGGCACUCUGUCGAAGCUUCUGUACGACGCCACGUCCCGGGUCAUUGGCGUUCAAACCAUAGACGGCGAGUCACAUCUGGCUGAACUGACGAUCAUGGCUUGUGGAGGUUGGACACCGUCUCUUGUGCCCAAACUUGACGGUUUAUGCGAGACAACUGCCGGUAGUGUUUGCAUGUUCCAGCUGCCACGGAACUCGUCUCAGUGGGAUCGUUUUGCACCCGAGCGCUUCCCUACGUGGACAUACGAUAUUCGAAGUGGGAAGAAUGGCGGCCUCUAUGGCUUCGCUCGAGACAGCAAUGGCAUCGUGAAAAUUGGAUACCGGGGAGCGAAAUUCACCAAUCCCCAGACACAGCCAGACGGUGCAGCGAGGAGCGUUCCGAUCACUCGAUGGACUCCCCAAUCAACUCGCCAACUGCCGUUGUCAGCGGCGCAAGUUAUUCGAAAAUUUGUUCAGGAGAACUUGCCCGACUUGAUAGCCUGUCCCACAAAGUCUCGUCUAUGCUGGUACACUGACUCAUUUGACAAUCAUUUCGUCAUUGACUUUGUCCCUGACUCCCCGGGACUGAUGGUUGCGACUGGAGGGAGUGGGCACGGAUUCAAGUUCCUGCCAAAUCUCGGAUCGCAUGUGGUGGACCGAAUUGAGGGCAAAUCGAGUCCGUACCUCUCGCUAUGGCAGUGGAGACAUCUGAAACCAGGUGUUGCACCAUACAACAAGAUCAUGGAGGGUGUUGCCAGCCAACAGACACUUCAGAACCAGCCACUAACGGAUGAGGAUAGGCUUACUGGGACCGCUUGUCAUUUAUAA